AUGACGGUUUUGGCAAGGUUAAGAAUGGAUGGUACCUAUAACCAGACCCAACCCUUGCAGUACUUGAGAGGAAAGAAAAAAUUAUUAUCUUUUGAUCUCAAGGCUGCUACCGAUUCCUUACCUGUUAUCCUGACGUCCUGUAUGAUUGCAGGGUCAUCGGUUGUGACGUUCACGAACGGUCAACCCCUCGGAUUUUUGAGUUCUUGGCUUCACACUUACACAUUAAAUGCUUGUCUGCUGAGAGGGUCUAUGGCACGACGAAGCUUUGCGACUAUGCCAUCCAUUCUUGGCGACGGUGAUCGCCGACGAGAAGGUGGCGGCCGCAACCCAUAA